AUGGCAGAAGAGCUUUCCGGUGAGGCAGUCGCUGUGGAAGCAACCGCUGGAGUUCACCCAACGGCUGAAAAUGCCGAGAAUGCUGCUGCACCAGUAGCACCGGCAUCGCCGGCUGCCGCAUCACGCCCCGCCCUGCUAUUGUCACUAGUUGCUGCCGCGCCGAUUGUAGCUGAAGAAGACCCAGAUCCACCCACUGAUGGAUACGAGUCGGGUACCGAUGGCAGCUCCAACGCCUCAACUUUACUGUCAUCGAGCGUUCGUGACUACGAAUGGGAGAAUAAGCGCCGCUAUCACAAGUUCAAGCAAGGCCGUUACCUGUGUCCAAACGAUGAGCCCGAGCAGGAUCGGGAGGAUAUGAAACACGCUCUAGUAGUUCACAUCUGCGACGGUAAUCUGCACAGCGCGCCUCUGAAAAACCCGCAGAAGAUUCUGGACAUAGGCACCGGCACUGGCAUCUGGGCGAUCGAUAUGGGUGACAACUAUCCGGAGGCAGAAAUCGACGGCAUUGAUUUAAGCCCCAUCCAACCCGGUUUCGUGCCGCCGAAUGUCAAGUUCCUGGUCGAUGAUGCUGAGGCGGAGUGGCUGUACCCGGACAACUCGAUUGAUUUUAUCCAUCUGCUGCACAUGGCGCCUUUCAUCAAAGACUGGCCCAAGCUACUGCGCCAAGCAUAUAGGGUGUUAAAGCCGGGUGGCUGGAUCGAGUUGCAAGAGCUGAGAUGGAGAUUCGCUUGCAACGACGGCACAAUGGGUCCCGACUACGCUCCGACUAAGAUGACGAAUCUCAUCGAAGAAGGUCUCGGCAAGUUCGGCUUUGAGCUCUGCGCAUCGGAGACCAACCCGGAACGUCUCAAGGCUGGUGGCUUCGAGACGCAAGUCCACGAUGUUAGGAAGGUGCCGUUGGGGAGGUGGCCCAGGGACGAUAAUUUGAAAACCAUUGGGACGUAUUCUCAGGCGGUUCUGUUUGACGGGCUGCAAGCUAUUACGAUGGGACCUCUGACGAGAGGGCUAGGCUGGACUCCAGAAGAGGUCGAAGUGCUGCUGAUGCAGGUGCGGAAAGACCUCAGGAACUUGGCUUUUCACACGUAUGUUUACUAUCACGCUUUAUCUGGGAAAAAGCCGGUAUAA